UUAGGGCAGGUGGCAUUGGAAAAUGCUCAACUUUGUUAGCUGUGUAUAGAAGCACUUGUGUAUGCGAUCACAAAGACAUAGUGUGCGAGUGUCGCGAAUGACGAAAUAAGCGGGAAUCACUUUGUUAUCAUUUGUGGGCGUGAUCUGUGGAAGCGAUGUCAGACUGGGGUCGUCUCCACUACAGUUGUGGGACGAAAACAAACCCUGUGCUUCUCGGACUGAACACUGCGGAAGUAAUCUCUCCCUAUUGUAAGUAGAAAUUGUCUCCGGUUGAUUCGUGCUGGUUUUCUGUUUUCAUUUCGCAAGGGACGCACCACCCGGAUAUUUCUGGGCUGGUCAGUGGUUUGUGUCUUCACUGUUUGGCAAAGUUCUUGGUUCCUAUUACUUGUCUUGAACUACCGCAACAACAACAACAACAUGUUCAGUUUUAUGAAGAAAGACAAAGACCGGGAAAAGGAGAAAGACAAGAAGGAGAAGAAAGAAAAGGAGAAGAAGGACAAAAAAGAGAAGAAAGAAAAGACCAAGGAACGUCAAGGAAUUACGCAGGAGGAGUUGAAUAGACUUGAGGAGGUGAAAAAAGGUGUGUUUCGUCGAUUCAGUGACCGCGACAAAUCUCGAAAACGUAAAGAAGCUCAUGGGGAAGGUGGCAGUGGAGAUGGGACAGGCAUCCCUACUGACAGUAGUGACAGCAGUCUCAGCUCAAACACACGGUUGUCACCAUCACAGGAACUCCCAGAUAGUCAGAUGACAGCCGAGAAACCUGUUCUUAGCAAGCCUGUAGCUGCCCCACGGUCUCAUGGCAAAUCGUCCCAUAAAGAGAAGAUGGGGCCUCCACCUGUCAUGCCCAAGCCAAACAAAAGCAUUCUUAGAGGUGGCUCAGCUCCUGUGUCCAACAGUUACCACCAGAAUGGGAACGGGCAAAAUGGAGAUGACUCGAACUUACUGCAGACCAAUACAAAACUUAAUGAACAGAUGUCUGGUCCGACAUCAUCUGCCAGUCGAAAGACCAUUCCGCAGAUAAACGAGCCAAGUCCAGAUGUGAUUCCUGCUCAGGAAGAUGUCAUUGACAGCCCUGUUGAAAAGACAUUUAAGGCUGAUCUCCAGUUACCGGAAAUAAUACCUCCCAAGGCUCCAAAAUCUAGAACUGUUUCUGUGAAACGUCAGCCUGGCGGUGACUUUGGAUUUACCCUUCGUAAAGGCGUGAUGAUGGAUGGUGAUCGUAAGAGGAAUGUGAUAUUUGCUGAGCCUGGGGGAGGGACACGAGGCUCUCUUACUGGGUUACUCCCUGGAGAUCGGCUGGUGGAGGUGAACAAUGUCAAUGUGGAAAAUAAAACGCGUGAAGAAGUGGUUGAAUUGAUUCGCACAUCCGGAGAUCAUGUGACUUUACGCUUGCAGCCGAUCCCGGAACUGAUCGAGCUGAGUGUGCGCCCCGGGAGUGAUGGGGCAACAGUUGAUGUCGGGGAGCAUGUUGUCAAAGGCGGCACCCUGAAGAGAAGCGGCAGUAUGAGGUACAAGAAAGCGGCUAAGAGUGAAGAUGAAGUGUUAUCUGAGAAGGCAUGGCUGGAUGCUGAACAGGUGUGGCUGGUUCAUAAAGGUGGGUUUGCCGGGGCUCGUCUCCUCAAAUCUAACACCAGCAUGUCACCCAUCCCCGAGGGGCGCGUCAAAAUCAAGCUGGAGCAAAAUGGUGAAGUCCUCGAAGUCGAUGAAGAUGACAUCGAAAAGGCAAACCCACCUCAGUUUGACAAGUCAGAGGACCUGGCCGCCCUGAGGUACCUGAAUGAGUCCAGCGUCCUGCACACCCUCCGUCAGCGCUUUGGUACCUCUCUCAUCCACACUUACGCCGGCACAUCCUUACUGGUCAUCAACCCCACCAACCCACUGUCCAUCUACUCAGAAAAGGUCAUUCAGAUGUUCAAGGGUUGUAAGCAGGAGGACCUUCCACCUCAUGUGUAUGCCUCAGCUCAGAUUGCAUAUAGAGAGAUGCUGAGCUCGCGACGGGACCAGUCCAUUGUCCUUAUGGGGAGGAGUGGUAGUGGCAAGACCACCAACCUCAAACAUGUGCUGAAUUACCUGACAGUGGCAGCAGGGACUGUCGGAAAUGUCUUCACAGUUAGUAAGCUGAAUGCCAUCAACACUCUCCUGGAAGCCUUUGGGAAUAGCAGGACCAUCCUGAACACAAAUGCCAGCAGGUUCACACAAGUUACCUCCCUUGAUUUUGAUCAUGCCGGCCAGAUUGUUUCUGCCUCUAUACAGGCCUUGAUGUUUGAGAAAAGUCGUCUGGUGAGGAGACCAGAGGGAGAGCCGACAUUCCAUGUGUUUUAUCAGCUUCUGGCGGGGGUUGACUCUGAACUCAGAAAAGAGCUUCAGUUGACGGUACUGAAUGAGCCCAACAUCUUCAUGACUCCAUUACAACGAAAUGAAGAUCGUCAGAAGGCUGCAGCUCAGUGGGCUAAAAUCCAGAAUGCGUUUGACACGCUGAACUUCACAGACAUGGAAUCUAAGGCAAUCUUCUCCGUGCUGGCUGCUAUCUAUCAUUUAGGGGUUGCUAGUGCUGUCAAGGGUAAUAAUAACAAGUCUCAGUUUGCUCGGCCAGCGUCUGCCCAGAGGGCAGCAGCUCUAUUAGGGACCAGUGUAGAGGAGAUGGCCCGCAUGAUCUUUAUCCCCAGCAUGGGUGGCACACUUACUCGCAACCAGUCCUUCAGGUCUAGUCCCGGAGACAGGUCAGGAGGAGAUAACUCUUCAGCUGUGGAGUGCCUGGAGGGAUUUGUUAUAGGCCUUUAUAGUGAUGUAUUCAAUGCUGUUGUCUCCCUCAUUAAUAGGUCGCUGUCGUCUAACUACCGCUCCCUGACCUCCCUCACCCUUCUGGACAUGCCGGGCUUCCAGAACCCCUCGUCCUGCGGUCGUAGUGGGGGCGCCACUUUCGAGGACCUAUGUUACAACUACUCACAGGAGCGGCUGCAGCUGCUAUUCCAUGAUCUGACCUUCACCAGUCAGCAGGACAGGUAUUCACAGGAGAACAUUGAGUGUGACUUUGAAUUUGUGACAUCCAGUCCGCAGGCCAUGGUGUCACUGAUUGACAAACAUCCUGCCCAAACGCUGGUAAGAGGGACGGGUGGGGAUCAUUCCAAAGACAUUGAGAAGAAAGGGUUGCUAUGGUUACUGGAUGAGGAGGCCAUAUUUCCGGGAGCGUCUGAUGACUCGUUCAUGGAGCGACUCUUCACGCAUCAUGGAGAGCAGAAAGCCAGGAAGGACAGCCUGCUAAGGAAGGGAUCGCUGGGGGCAUUCUUUAUGCUGAGUCAUUUCCAGGGGACAAACACAGUGCAGUACAAUGCGACAGGCUGGCUGAGGAUGUGUCGUGAGAACCCUAUCACACGAGUGGCCACCGCAGUGCUGCAGGACUCCAGCAGACCUGAGCUAAGUCAGCUGUUCACCUCUGUGCGGGGUCCAGUGUCCAGCACGGUUAGCGGGUCAAUCGUAGGGAUUGACGGAUCGUCGUCGCUGCGCCGUGCUUCCAGCAUGCGCAGAACCUUCACAUCUGGUCAGGCGGGACUCAAGAGGAAAUCUGUCUGUCUGCAAGUCAAGUUCCAAAUGGAUUCCAUAAUAGACACUUUAAGGAAAACCAAGUGCCACUUUGUACACUGUUUGUUACCUCAAGCUAACGCUGGCCUUUGUGAGCUGAAGUCCGCACAGUCGCCGGCCAAAUCCUCGGGUCAGGAGGACUUGACACUGAGCGUACCCCUCCUCCGCUCCCAGAUACGCGGAGCUGAGAUGGUGGAGGCUAUUCGCAUACAUCGCCAAGGCUUCCCAGAAUUUAUUCCAUUCAAGGACUUCAAGACAAGAUUCCAUGUGUUACUGCCUAACGACUGUAAGAUUAAUACCUCUUCUGGGGAUGAUAGACAGGUGGUAUCUCAGAUGUUGGAUUACCUGGAUGUGGACAAACUGAAUUACAGGAUAGGCUUAAGUCAGGUAUUUUUCCGCUCCGGCGCGCUGACGAGUCUGGAGUUACAGCGAGAUGAGAAGAUCACGGGAACAAUGCAAGCCUUCCAGGCUCUCUGUAGAGGCUACUUGGGCAGGAAACAGCUGGCUAAACUCAGGGUGCAGCAUAUGGCUAUCAGGGCAAUCCAGGUGAAUGUGAAGAAUUUCAUGCAGAUCAGGGACUGGGGCUGGUGGAGAUUGUUCACUAAGGUCAAGCCUUUGCUUAACGUUCACAGGACUGAGGAGGAAACUCAAGAGCAACAGGUGGAACUGGAACAAAUGAAGAUGAAGUCCGAGAAGCUGGAAAGGGAGAGGAACGAGUUGAAACAGCACUGUGACAAACUGGAAACAAGGCUGUCUGAGAUGACGGCAGACCUGGCUGAGGAGAACACAACAUCAAGUCACGCGGCGGAGAUGCUGGAGGUGGAGACUGCCGAGCGGAUGAGGCUCGAGAAGGAACUCAAAGACUUGCAGGCCAAAUACACGGCUGUAAAGAGACAGUGUGAGAAACAUGAGAUGGAGCUGAUGCAGUCGCGACUGUGGCAGGCGUCGCUUGUGGAGGGGGACUUGGAGGAUGAUAUUGACGGAAAUGAUUCUGUGUACAAAGACAGAUAUGAACGGAUCGUCCGCGAGCUAGAUGUGACGAGGAAAAGAUUACAACAUCAACACAAUGAGAACCUGGAACAAGAGCAGAACAGUCGGAAACAGGUGGAGAGGAGGCUACAUGAGGCUCAAGAGGAGGUGGAGGAGCAGAGAAGGCUGGUGACAGCGACCAAGAAGAAAUGCCAGCGCUUAACUUCAGAGAUGCAGGAUCUCAAGCUGCAUCUGGAGGAACAGAUGUCCCGCAACAAUGACCUGGAAAAGAAACAGCGCAGGUUUGAUGCUGAGCUACACAAGGUGCAAGAAGAUGUCCGAGGUGAGAAGAUGCUACGUGAGAAGUUACAGAGAGAGAGGGACGAGUUGAUAUCAGAGCGGAUGAGUCUGGAGACCAGCAUAGGGAAGCUGAAGGCUGAUCUGGAGAGCCAGACUGAGCGCAGUGAACGGCUAGACAGAGAGCUGAGUGAUCUGACCCUGACAGGACCCAAGGGAGAUCAGGAGCUGAUGGCUCUGAAGAGACAGAAACAUGAGUUGGAACUGAAAGUUAAAGAACAAGAGGAAGAGUUGGAUGACCAGGCAGGUCACAUACAGCAACUGGAACAGGGUAAGCUGAGGUUAGAGAUGCAGCAGGAGAAAUCUAGACAACAACAUAUCAAAGAUCUAGAUGAGAAAGAAACAGAGCUGGAAGAAAUGAGAUAUACUACACAGAAAAGGUUGAAGAAUUUGGAGAGUCAGAUAGAGGAAGAUUAUGAGGAGCGUCAGAACCUGAUGAGGGAGAAGAGGGAAGUGGAGCUGAAACUACAGGAGCUGACGAGCAGAGCACCCAACAGGGACAAGGAGCAUGAGAAGAGGCUGCGGCGAGACUUGCGACGCACAAAGGUGCUGUUGCGCGACGCAGAGACGAUGCUGCAGAAACAGAGGAGUGGGGAGGGGACCAAGGCUACCAUUAGACAACUCAGGAAUCAGUUGGAGGAUGCAGAGUUCACAUCGGCUGCAGCUGUCAAGGCUAAGAAAGCGAUGGAAAUUGAGGUGCAGGAGUUACAACAACAACUGGAGGAUGUGUCUAGAGCCAAGCAAGAGGUUGAGAAUCGCUGUAUCAUGCUGUUACGGGACAAAAGUGACCUGGAGAGUAAGAUGGAAGAGAACGAGGAAGACACGGCGGAGAUUAUGAAGAAAUAUAAAGCUGUUGUCCAACAGCAUUCUGUAGACAGCAUCACAUUAUCAGACAGAUUACAGCAGAUAGAAGAACUGGCCUCAGAGAGGAAUAUGCUAAGAGAACAGGUAUCAGAGUUGUCCACUAAGGUACAACUGGCUGAGGACUCCACUGUGGAUAAGCAUGUGGUGACUAGACUGGAGACCAAAAUCAGAGACCUAGAAUCCAAGCUUGAGCUGGAGGUCACAACCAAGACCAGGUUAGAGACUCAGAUAGUCAGAUACAAGGACGCUGUGGAGAAACUGUCACAGGAAAAGGAGGACCUCGCCUCCAGGAGGAUGCAGACGGAGGAAGUGUCGAAGAGGUCGCAGAAACAACUGCGGGACCUGAGGGAAGAGUUCACAGACACGCAGCGUCGUGAGAUGGAGGCCAGUCAGCGCAAACAGGAACUGGAAACGAGGAUAGAGGAGCUGGAGACAGACUACGAGCAGAGUCAGUCUGAUCUCAAACUGGCCUUCAAGAGAAUCGCUGACCUUCAGGCUGCCCUUGAGGAUGACAUGGAUAGUGAUGACAGUCUGCUGCUAGACAGUGAUGAUGAUGAUGAAGAUGACAGUGAGGAUGACGGCCAGGACUUGGCCACCUUCAUCAAGAACAACACGGGUCACUCGUCGCGUAGCCGCAGCUAUGGCAGCAGCGUCAGCUCACAGUACUCCAAGGCCAACUCAUCAUUCACGGAGUUACAGCCUGACAGCCCCGUGGGCAUUCUGCUGGAGCACAACUCCUCGACAGAGGCGUGAUGAAGAGCCUGGUAGAUCCUGUGUACAUACCCCCCUGUCACUACUCAAUACUUCACCUUAAUCUAGGGCAGUGUGCAAAUUCUCUGUUCUGGAUUUUCAUUGGACGCUUGUCAUGCUUGUGACUAUGGAUUUCAUUGGAAAAUGCUGCAAGGCUUACACAUGUAGUUGUAAAUUAUAAUUAAGGACGUGUGAGAAUGCGU